ACAUAGAAAUACCGCCUUUUGUUCCCGCCCUAGAAAAACGACCAAAAGCGUUGUGGUUAGAUAGAUGCAGUUUUAAUAUAUCGACUACUGGAUGUACAUAGUAUUUGCAUGUCAAAAACAUAACGAUUAGGCCUAAUUAUCUAUUUCGGUUUUCAAAAAUGAUAAUCUAACAUCUGUAUUGAGGCAGGCGAACCAAUUGUGUCUCACGUGCUUAUUGCAAAUCUUAUUGAGCGUGAAGAUGCGCUAUGUCUGCUACACGCUUUUGAGCAGACUAAUCAUAACAUAUCCUUAUACAUAUUCAAUGUUUGCAGGAUUAGGGUAUUAAACUCAGUGAACUUCAAGUCUGAAAUUAAAUGAUGCUUAAUGUAGCAGGUGGUCGAAUCGACAUAGCCUAAAUCAAAAAGAAUACCAGCACGAUUUAAUAAGUGCAUGGCGCACUCUUUCUUGGCAUGUGGUGUAACUGCCUUCUGGUAAUUGUGAAAUAUUUGCGCUUUCUAUCCGGUUCUCAGCAGAGGCAUUGAUACCAAUCCCUUUACCAAAAUUAAAUGUGCAUUUUGCUGCGUUGCAUUAUGAUCAAAUGAAUUCAGUGGGCGCUGAGUGCACUCCAUCGAUUGGACAGUGCUGUCUCCAUUCCGCGGGCAUGCGAGGUUUGCUUUUCAGUCAUCUUCAUUAUCAGGAAAUGUCAAUAUAUGUUGUUUAAACACAAUAUGUGACUGUAGUAUAAAGGCUACUUUACGUCACCGGUCAAUUCGACUUAUCUGUAAUCAGCAGCAGGCAACGAAAGUUAGGCGAGUCAAGACUUUCACCACCACUUUCCACUGGAAAGCGCUCCAGCGGCUUUGGGAUCGAACCAACCAGCCUACUCAAACGCAUGGAUUUCUUUGGGUUAUUUCAAACGACGGAUGGAGCUUUUUGGAAGUAAGGUCGAGGACAUAAUCUACACAAUAUUACCAACAGGAACGACAUUUUUCUUGAUUCUUACAUUGACACGUUUGUGCAUUGGAUAUGGGUCAGUUCACACCGAGAAGAUUCUGCCAGAGCAGACCCAGUAAAGGGGAAUUCACUCAGCAACCCGGAGAAUUGAGCCGAGUGGCCUGAAGCCUCUGACACGAAUCAACCAACCCCCCCUCCACCCCAAAGGGAAGGGGAGAGAUUAAAAACUCCUGAUCGACGUGGAGGGAGAGAGUAAGAGAAGGAGGGAGAGAGAGAGAGAGGGGGAAAAAGAGCUUAUCAUUCACCUUUGCUCUUCUUAAUGCCCCCUGUGAGGGAUCGCCAUAGGCAGGGUGGUGAGUAACAGCGGGCAGAGGAGUAGCUGCCCACCACACUAGUCAGACCAUGGAGUGAGGAGAAUAGAAGGAAAGAAAAAGAUAAGAAAAGAAGAGGAUAUAUCCUUUGAAGAACCAAACUUAGAGCAAAGCAACGAGACACGUUACCUAUUCUGUGCCCACCGCUUCGAAAGGUAUUAUUAAGAUUAACCCCCAUGACAUAAAGUAGUGUUCUCUGUGUUCCUGAUUCCGCUGGGUUCUAGAGUGUGUCUGUAUUCGUGUCUGGGCUGUGGUCAUGGUGUCUCAGCUCCAGGGGUGUGCUUUGCAUCGGACAGACAGGCUAUGUCACAGAGGCAGCCUGAUCAGGCUCUUACUUCUACUCUACUGCUCUCUCAUGACCGCCCAGGCUGCCAAACCCAAAGGCCCGGGCGGCACACACCUCAGCUCCAUCCGCAUCGACGGAGACAUCUCCCUGGGAGGCCUGUUCCCCGUGCACGCCAGGGGCAACGAAGGCAAGGCCUGCGGGGAGCUGAAGAAGGAGAAGGGGAUCCAUCGUCUGGAGGCCAUGCUGUUCGCCCUGGACCGUAUCAACAACGACCAUUCUCUGCUGCCCAACAUCACGCUGGGAGCACGCAUUCUAGACACGUGUUCCCGGGACACCCACGCCCUGGAGCAGUCGCUUACCUUCGUCCAGGCCCUCAUCGAGAAGGACGGGACGGACGUCAAGUGUCUUGGCGGGGGAGCACCCAUCAUCACCAAGCCUGAGAGGGUAGUGGGAGUCGUUGGAGCCUCGUCCAGCUCUGUGUCCAUCAUGGUGGCCAACAUACUGCGGCUCUUCAAGAUCCCCCAGGUGAGUUACGCUUCCACGGCCCCGGAGCUGAGCGACAACACACGUUAUGACUUCUUCUCGCGCGUGGUGCCCCCAGACACCUACCAGGCCCAGGCCAUGGUGGACAUCGUCAAGGCCAUGCGCUGGAACUACGUCUCCACCGUGGCGUCAGAGGGCAACUACGGAGAGAGCGGCGUGGAUGCCUUCAUACAGAAGUCUCGAGAGGAUGGAGGUGUGUGCAUCUCUCAGUCGGUCAAGAUUCCCCGGGAGCCGAAACCGGGAGAGUUUGAUAAGGUCAUUCGCAGACUAAGAGAAAACCCAAAUGCAAGGGUGGUCAUUAUUUUCGCCAAUGAGGAUGAUAUCAGGCGGCUACUCCAAGCAGCCAAGAAGGCCAACCAGACUGGCCAUUUCAUCUGGGUGGGCUCAGACAGCUGGGGCUCAAAGAUCUCUCCAGUGUUACACCAGGAGGAGAUGGCAGAGGGAGCAGUCACCAUCCUGCCCAAACGCCAGUCCAUCAGAGGGUUUGAUCGUUACUUCAUCAGCCGCACACUGGAGAACAACAGGAGGAAUAUCUGGUUUGCUGAGUACUGGGAGAACAACUUCGCCUGCAAGUUAAGCCGACACGCUUUGAAGAAAGGGUCCGGGCUGAAGAAAUGUACAAAUCAGGAGCGGAUAGGAAGGGACUCCAACUACGAGCAAGAGGGGAAGGUGCAGUUUGUUAUCGAUGCAGUGUAUUCCAUGGCCCAUGCGCUGCACAACAUGCACAGGGAACUCUGUCCGGGGAAGGUGGGCCUUUGCUCCAGGAUGGAUCCCAUCAAUGGCACUCUACUGCUCAAACACAUCCGUAUGCUCAACUUCACAGGACAACGACCCACCUCCAGGCUGAUUAAGGGCUAUUUGACCAAGAAGGAGAGUGAUGGUGUGCUGCAUCAGACGACUUGGCAUCCACAAUCACCCAACCUCAACCCAGUUGAGAGGGUUUGGGAUGAGUUGAACCGCCGAGUGAAGGAAAAGGAGCCAACAACUGCCCAGCAUAUGUGGGAACUCCUUCAAGACUGUUGGAAAAGCAUUCCAGGCAUAGCUGGCAACCCAGUGCUCUUCAAUGAGAAUGGAGAUGCCCCUGGUCGCUAUGAGAUUUAUCAGUACCAGAUCAGAAACAGAACAGCUGAGUACAAAAUCAUCGGCCACUGGACCGAACAGCUCUAUCUAAACAUCCGAGCAAUGCACUGGCCAGGUGGAGGUCGUCAGAUCCCUUACUCCAUCUGCAGCCACCCCUGCCAGGCCGGAGAGCGCAAGAAGAUAGUGAAGGGCAUCCCUUGCUGCUGGCACUGCGAGCGCUGCAACGGCUACCAGUACCAGUCAGACACCUAUAGCUGCAAGAUGUGUCGCUUUGACCUGCGUCCCAACGAGAACCACACUGCCUGCCGUCCCAUCCCCAUUGUCAAGCUGGAGUGGAGCUCCCCAUGGGCAAUCAUCCCUGUCCUCAUCUCCGUGGCGGGCAUCAUGGCCACUCUGUUCGUGGUGGUCACCUUCAUCCGCUACAACGAUACACCCAUCGUCAAGGCGUCAGGCCGCGAGCUCAGCUACGUUCUGCUGACUGGUAUCUUUAUGUGCUAUGCCACCACCUUCCUCAUGAUAUCUGCCCCUGAUGUUGGCAUCUGCUCCCUCAGACGGAUCUUCCUGGGUCUGGGGAUGAGUAUCAGCUACGCAGCCCUGCUCACCAAGACUAACCGCAUCUACCGCAUCUUCGAGCAGGGAUCGAUGUCGGUGAGCGCUCCCAGGUUCAUCUCCCCAGCCUCCCAGCUGGUCAUCACCUUCAGCCUGACUUUGGUGCAGCUACUGGGGGUGUGUAUCUGGUUUGGGGUAGACCCGUCUCAGGCCAUCAUCGACUACGAGGACCAGCGCACGGCCAAUCCGGACAUGGCCCGCGGCGUGCUCAAAUGUGACAUCUCUGACCUUUCACUGAUCUGCCUGCUGGGUUACAGCAUGCUGCUCAUGGUCACCUGCACGGUGUACGCCAUCAAGACCCGGGGGGUGCCGGAGACCUUCAACGAGGCCAAGCCCAUCGGCUUCACCAUGUACACCACCUGUAUAGUCUGGCUGGCCUUCAUUCCCAUCUUCUUUGGCACCUCCCAGUCCACAGAGAAGAUGUACAUCCAGACCACCACGCUGACCAUCUCCGUGAGUCUGAGUGCCUCUGUCUCUCUGGGGAUGCUCUACUUGCCCAAGGUCUACGUGAUCCUCAGGCACCCGGAGCAGAACGUGCCCAAACGCACGCGUAGCCUUAAGGCCAUGGUCACUGCCACCACCAUGUCCAACAAGUUCAACCCCAAAGCCAGCCUACGUCCCAAUGGAGAGGCCAAGACUGAGCUGUCUGAGAGCCUGGAAACACAAGGUGAGUUAAAAGCUUUCGCCACAAAGCAGACAUACAUCAGCUACAGCAACCAUGUCAUCUAGGAGAGGAAGGCCUUCGUCGUUGUUCUGGAUGGUCACCUCGUGGCGGGUGAAAAUGUUCUUAUGCAGUGGAAUGAAAUGGGAAAUAGAGGAAGAAAAUGGACAUGGGACAUAUUGUGAGGAUCACUAAAGGAUUUCCCAGGGAAUAGUCAUAAUAAAGGAAAGAGAGAAGACCACACAGAGAUGCAGAGAGGGACCCUCAGGGGCCCAACAGAACAGAUACAGUAUAAUGGCUAUGUUCCAUCUUGUCGGCCAUGACAGACAAGGCCAACACUUCCCCCCUGGCAGAGACCGGAGAGGACAUGAUGCGGGAUGAGGCUUCUCCUCCCUUCUCGUUGUUUGCAUUGCAGUUUUAUUCUCUCUCUCUCUCUCUCUCUCUCUUUUUCUUUCUUAUCUUAUCUUGAGCCGACCGGACUGACAUGCAAUCCAAUUGAAAGAAUCUGUUCAGGUGUGUGUGAUGCAAGGUUGUAGUCUGCCAGUAUUCUCAUCAGUAAGGGACAUUGCUCUCAAUGCUUCAGGAAGUUGCAGAGCCACCAGGAUGAGAGUAAUCAGUCUUUUAUUUCAAGGAGGAUUUUAAGUUAUGUAAUUGUUUUUAUGUUGUUGUUUUUUUAAAGGUAUUCCAGUUUAAAAAGAAAAGACUGGAUGAAAGAAACAAUUCCAACAAUGCAGGAUAAUUGUACGCCAUCAUAUUUUUGUUGUUUUUGCCUUUCCUGUCUUCAUUGAGUUGACCCAAAAAAUUAUAACGAUGUUGACAAAAAAAGACUAUGGUCAUUACUGAUUUUGAGCAUGCCAGUUUGAACAUCCUGUGUUGUGUUGUAAAAGAAUAUUUGGAAUGCGUUCAAACUCUGUUGCAGUGUCGUUUCUAUUAUAUGUGAAUUCCAAACUGGUGAAGGUCUAGUGAGUGAUCUUUGUUUCCUUGUGUGAGGUGAGGCCCUGAUCUGUGUUACCAGCUAACCAAAGGCUGCCACUGUCCUCGGCCCACUUUGCUCAUACUUUAAUACUGUAACUCCAGACUAAAACAAAGUGUCUCUCAGUAAAAAUAGAGAGGUGUCAUGGUGGACUGAACACAGAGGUGCAGAAUGCUUCAAGAUAAACACGUAAUAUUCAAUAUCUGUAAGUUUGAUUAAAUAUUAGCACUUCACUCCACAUACUGUUCUCAUGGACAAUAACCUUCAAUCUGGAUAACAACACAAAACAAAUUAUAAGGCUAGAGAAAUGUAUUGACCAAUAUCACCAAUACAAUCAACACCAAAACAUGUCGGAGAGUAAGCAUGGAGUACCAAUCCCCAAAAGAAUAUGAGACUCCUUGACGGACACAGACGAUAUAUGCACCGGGAAUGGUAAGUGUAGAAACCGACUUGCUAAAGUCGAUAAAUGAUAAACUGGGUAUACUUGAACUAGUCAGUAAAGAUAUAAAGGAGUUGAAGGCGAGCCUCGAGAUGAGUGACGUAAAAGCUGCGACAACGGAGAAAGAUACAAACAAGCUAAAAUAUACAGUCAAUACAAUUGAAACGGACGUUAAAGAAGUUAAAAAGGAGAACAUGUUUCUGAGACAAGCCUUACUUGAAAUACAGACUAGAUCUAUGAGAGCAAAUCUGGUACUUACUGGUAUCAAAGAAAAAGAGGGUGAAGAUCCUGAAAGUGAGGUGAAAUAAUUAUUUAUUGAAGAGCUACAGAUCCCAGGCGAUACUGUUAACAAAAUCAAACUCUAACGUGUAUACCGUUUAGGACAGAGAGGACAGAGAUAUAAUCACCCAAUCAUUGCCAAAUUUGCAUUCUUCCAAAAUAUAAUAAAUGCUAAAAGCCUAGGUGGAAGACUCACUGGCACGAAAAUAGGCAUGAAUGAUCAGUUCCCGAAGGACAUUGCAGAACGGCGUAGUGUAUCUUGUCGUCGAUAAACUGUAUAUUGAUAACCAAUUGUUCCGAGACACCAAGACCACUCCAUGGCUAUUCUAAAUAUUACAAAGUUCCCAUAGAGGAGUACAAUAACGGAAUACCCAAUACUAUCCAUGGUAGGGAUUGUAAUACAUUUAUUUGGGAAACUAGUCUCUCAGGCUGCAAGAGGCCCUAUAGUGAGAUACCAUCGAUGACCCCCAUCCAUUUCCAGCAGCUAUCCUCCCGGUCAAACAAAGGUACAGCUAAGUUGUACACAUCCAAAUCCAUUAAAUGGGGAGUAAAGUAUCCCCAGGGGAGUAUGCCACACAGUAGUCAUCCACCCAAGAUGAUAUCCAUAAUGGAUAAAACAGUGGUUGAGACUAAAUCAUAAAAAAACUAAAUUAUCUCUGAGGACUGUGUCCUGUUUUGUAAAAUGCUUCAGCGAUAUACUAGUAUAAUAUAGCACCUCAAGCUGCAGAAAGGAAUCUACUCAAAACAAAAUGCCAAAGGAUCUAGUAGUCCUUUCAGCCGCCAUCAGUUCUCUGAAUAAAUACAUCAGAAGUGGUUGCUGUAAAACUGAACAGUUCUUUAGUUUUUUUAUUUUAUAUUGUGAGGUCAUUUGUGAUGUGAACUCAACGCUGCUUUUCCAUUAACCUCUGUAUUACUAAAAUAAUAAAAUAAUGUGAGUGCUGACCAAAUGAAAUGGCAAGUUAAUGUACGUUAUUAAAUAGAUUGAUGAUGUCCGCUUUUAUGUCUUGACAAAUCUAAAAAGGGAAAAAUGUGAACAAAAAAGAAACAGUGCCUGGCUAUCUGACUACGUAUUUGUAAAACCUAUUGAAAAGUAAUGAAGUGUGUGGAGCAUGUCCAGUUAAAAAAAAAUACAAAAUCACAUUUCUAAUAAAAUUAAAAUUACAA